UGCUUGUCCUUCAACAUGCUUCCACCUUCCAAGAUUCACAGGAUGAAUACAGUACAACAUUAUGUGAACGCAGAAGUAGAAAAAUUUUAUGGAGGGAACAUCACGCUUCAAUUGAAUACUGAAUUGAUUCAUGGAUUUCCGUCAUAUACAGAACAUUGGUCACUGAAUAAUAGACCAUUGAAGAUACCAGUUCUGGUGGAGAUAUCAGACAUACAUUAUGAUCUGCGUGGAUAUGGACAGGAAGACACGGGGUUUAUUGGCAGGGACAAGAAAUAUCGGUUUACAAUCCACAAUCCUUGGGAUGCUCCAAGCCCAUUCAUGAGAUGGCAUCUUCUUCAGCAAUCAACAAGCUCUCGCAUUCUCAUUGACCCUGAAGUAACAAUAAAAUAUCCAGUCGAUGAUAACGAUUUUCUGUACAAAAUUCCAUCUGCCAAGCAAUGCUACAACACAACUGAGAAAACAUUGGAAUUUUUCCAAUAUUAUACACGAAAUAAUUGUUUGAUGGAGUGCUCCACCAAGAGAGCUUUGAGAGAAUGUGGAUGUGUUCUGUUUUACAUGCCACACAACGAAUCAACAUACAUAUGCUCUGAUGAAUACAGCUCCUGUGCGGUGAAUGUUGCCAAAGCCACUUAUUAUGACACUGGUGAGAGGAAAUUUGUGGAUUCUUGUGACUGUCUGCCAUCUUGUAACUACACUGACUACAAGGUUAUAUCAUAUGAAUCAUCUUUUCUUGACAGAAUUUAUCACGUACUUGAAAUCGAAUUUAGGAACGAUUUUUUCCUACCCAAAGUUCGAACCUACACUUACAAUAACAAUGAGAUGAUGGAUGCCACCGUUGUCUACUUGGAUGCAUUCCUAGGCGUGAGUAUAAUGACUGUAGCCGAAAUAUUCUACUACAUUUUGUUGUAUGUUAUUGAUUAUUUGAAAAGCAAGAUACAACCAAUGCUUCGUGGACUUUAUUUGUCAUGAAAACUGAAUCUGAGUUAAGUAAUCCAAUUGGAAAUUAUCUUCCUCAUUUCAAAAACUGUCAUACAAAGAUGCAAAAAAAAGUUUCAAUCAUAUUUUUAAUGACUUGAUAAGAUAUAUAUUUUGAACUAGUUGAAUCAGCUGAGUGGAGCCACUUCGAAGUCUUAAUUCACUCUCACGGUUUGGACUGAUUUAUAUCAGUAAUUUGCUUCAUCUUGGAGUGAGAAAGUUUCAAUAGAUAUGACCAAUUCAUCAAAUGGCACUGGACAUGGAUGAUGGUUGUGGCUCUCAGUAUGAGAAUAUUCUAUUCUUGUUUAAAAAGUUAUGAGCUCUUUAAGUAUGAUUCUUCAGGUCUUUCAUCCCAGCUCAUUCAUAAUAAAGUUCUAUUCAUUUAUAUAAUAAGUGUGGUUAGGAAUGUGUACGUUUAUAUGCCAUUCAUUUGUCUGUGACAUCAAUUUGUAUUCAAAACGAUUUUCAAAAACGUUCUCAGCCAAGCACACUUUGGGGUCAAUUGAUAAUUGUCAACCGCCAUUCUUGUUCAAAGCCUUGUCCUGAUGACACAACAUGCAUGAUGAGCUUGUGUGUACACACAUGUUCAAGACAAUAGUCGUUAGUGGCAACCCUUAGUAAUCGAAGUUUUCUUGCCUGCGUAGGCUCUCAAGAAUCGUUCAUAAAUAUAGCCCAGGCUAUUUCGAUUUUUAAUAAUUUUGUACAAACUUUCUAGUCUAAACUGUAAUAUGAGUGUGCAAUUUUAUCCUUACUUCAGCUUUAAUUUCUCCUUUCUUAUCUGAUUAAUUUAUUGAUCAAUUAUAGUUGUUACCUAUUAUCAAUUUUUAUGAAUUUUGUGAAAUAUAUACCUUUUUACUUUUUAGUCCUACUGAGGCACGAAAGUACUCACCUAAUAUUGAAAAGGAUGGCCGGAAUUUGAACUGGCACAUAUUAAUAGGCACAUGCCAUGAAUAAACAAUGAUUAAUUAUUAUAUAUCAUUAUAUUGUAAUGUGAGGUUCUCAUUUCUAGUCUCUCAGGCACAUACCAUAAGUACUCAAUUUCUUGACACUUUCACAAUUUGCCAAAGUCAAUGAAGAAUUUAUCCCAGUAGCCUACUUGAAUGAACUGAUGUUCCAUUGUAGAUCAACAAUGAGUUUGUGGAUUUGAGUGAAAUUUUCAAUAUUUUUUUACAAUUGUGAAGGAAGAGUUUUGUUUGGAUUCGUAUUUGGAAAUUGAUCAAUCUAAUAAA